AUGUUUAAAUUUCAUCAAGUGAAACAUAUUUUUGAAAUACUGGAUAAAAUGAGAUGCCUGCGAAAACGUUCUACAGUGUCAUUCUUGGGAGUUCUUGUAAUUUUUCUUCUAUUUAUGAAUUUGUACAUUGAAGAUAGCUAUGUUCUGGAAGGAGACAAACAGCUUAUAAGGGAAACAUCCACACAUCAACUGAAUUCAGAACGCUAUGUGCAUACUUUCAAAGAUUUAUCCAAUUUCUCAGGGGCCAUCAAUGUCACCUAUCGCUACUUAGCUUCUACUCCUUUGCAAAGAAAGCGGUUUCUUACAAUUGGACUUUCAUCAGUGAAACGAAAGAAAGGAAACUAUUUACUUGAGACAAUCAAGUCAAUUUUUGAGCAGUCCAGCUACGAAGAGCUGAAGGAAAUCUCAGUGGUGGUUCAUCUGGCAGACUUUAAUUCAUCCUGGCGUGAGGUCAUGGUCCAGGAUAUUACACAAAAAUUUGCCCACCAUAUUAUUGCAGGAAGAUUAAUAGUGAUACAUGCUCCAGAGGAAUAUUACCCAAUCCUGGAUGGCCUUAAAAGAAAUUAUAAUGAUCCAGAAGAUAGAGUCAGAUUUCGUUCCAAACAAAAUGUAGAUUAUGCUUUUCUGCUUAAUUUUUGUGCCAAUACAUCAGACUAUUAUGUAAUGCUUGAAGAUGACGUUCGAUGUUCAAAAAAUUUCUUAACUGCCAUCAAGAAAGUCAUUACAUCCCUAGAAGGAACCUACUGGGUAACUCUUGAGUUUUCUAAGCUUGGUUACAUUGGAAAACUUUAUCAUUCACAUGAUCUCCCACGUUUGGCCCAUUUUUUAUUAAUGUUUUAUCAAGAAAUGCCUUGUGAUUGGCUAUUGACUCAUUUUCGGGGUCUGCUGGCUCAGAAAAAUGUGAUCCGUUUUAAACCAUCUCUCUUUCAGCACAUGGGUUAUUAUUCAUCCUAUAAAGGGACUGAGAAUAAGCUGAAGGAUGAUGAUUUUGAAGAGGAGUCAUUUGACAUCCCUGAUAACCCUCCUGCAAGUCUGUAUACCAAUAUGAAUGUUUUCGAAAAUUAUGAUGCCAGCAAGGCUUACAGUAGUGUUGAUGAAUACUUUUGGGGGAAACCACCUUCAACAGGAGACACCUUUGUGAUUGUUUUUGAAAACCCAAUUGUAAUUAAAAAAAUUAAAGUGAGUACUGGAACAGAAGAUCGGCAAAAUGACAUUUUACAUCAUGGAGCCCUAGAUGUUGGGGAAAAUGUUAUACUUUUCAAACAAAGUAGACAAUGUGAUACUUAUAUAAGACUAGGGGAAUUCAAAAAUGGAAACUUUGAAAUGUCAGAUGUGAAUCAAAAAAUUCCAUUUGAUAUAAAGUGUAUAAGGAUAUACAUUACGAAAACGCAGAAAGAAUGGCUGAUUAUUAGGAGUAUUAGCAUUUGGACUUCUUAGUCAAUUAAAUCAACAUGUCCAGUAACUGAAACAGGUCUUCCUGUUUCCUUUUUUUGUUACCUUCCUCUUUUGCUACCUUUGUCCUAUGGAGGUAAAGCAACAGAUGGGAUAUUUUAAACGAAAGGUCAAUCAUCUUGGCAGUUGUGAUUUACAUAUUGUCAUCAUAAUUUUACUUAAAU